CGCGUGCACACUCUGGCGGCGCGCGGAGAAGUUCAGAUCAUCUGACUGAAAGUUACGUCGUGUGUUAUUUCUUUACAGACCACGAAGCUACAAAUUCCCGUUCGUUUUUAAAAUAGGCUAUAAUUGGUUAAAUAUCUUCAUAACCGCACGGGAACGCUCCUCAGCAAAGUUUUAGGAAAUUCGUUUUUACUUAAGGGAUUUGUUUUUUCCUCCCAGAAACGUUAAGUGAUGUCUCAGUCAAAGAAAAUAUUUUAUGCAUUUGUUUGGUUCUGCUUGCAUUUUGAAGGCCGGAUUGGUGUGUUUGGUGUUGAGCCCGGUCAAAUUAAAACAGCAACAGAGGGAGAUUCUGUCACUCUACAAACUGAGAUACGGAGAGGUGAAGAUCUGCUUUGGAUGUUUGGACCCCGAGAGGUUCUCAUUGCUCAAGUCAGAAAGGAGGCUGGAGUCUUCAACGUUUAUGAUGGCGCUGAUGGGAGAUUCAGAGACAGACUGGUGCUGAACUAUGACACUGGAUCGCUGACCGUUAAAAACAUCAGACCUGAACAUGCUGGACUCUAUAAACUAGAGAUCAUAAGUAAUACAGUCUCACACAAAACAUUCACAGUUUCUGUCUAUGCUCGUCUUCCCAUUCCUGUCAUCACCAGAGACUCUUCACAAUGUUCUUCUUCAUCAUCGUCAUCAUCAUAUUGUUCACUGCUGUGUUCAGUGGUGAAUGUGAGUCAUGUGACUCUCUCCUGGUACAAAGGAAACAGUUUAUUGUCCAGCAUCAGUGUGUCUGAUCUCAGCAUCAGUCUCUCUCUACCUCUGGAGGUGGAAUAUCAGGAUAAAAACAACUAUAGUUGUGUGUUGAACAACCCCAUCAGCAACCAGACCACACAUCUGGACAUUAGUGAACUUUGUUGGCCAUGUCCAGCUCCUCUGCCGAUUCCUGUCAUCACCAGAGACUCUCCAACAUGUUCUUCAUCAGCUUCACACCAGAAUUGUUCAUUUUUAUGUUCAGUGGUGAAUGUGAGUCGUGUGACUCUCUCCUGGUAUAAAGGAAACAGUUUAUUGUCCAACAUCAGUGUGUCUGAUCUCAGCAUCAGUCUCUCUCUACCUCUGGAGGUGGAAUAUCAGGAGAAAAACACCUACAGCUGUGUGCUCAACAAUCCCAUCAGCAACCAGACCACACAUCUCAACAUCGAUCAGCUCUGUCAGCCAUGUCCAGGCCGCGUCCACUGUUGUGGUUUUACUGAAACUGUGGUCCGAUUGGCUGGCUCUGUUCUGGUGGGCCUGGCUACUGUUGCUGUGCUGGUUUAUGACAUUAGAUCAAGAAGAUCUUAUCAGAAGAGGAGAGAGCAGACACCGCAUGCAGAUGAAUAUGAUGAUGUUGCAGCAGGUCAGUGGCGUUAUGAGUCUGUGUCGUCCCGCGUCACGUUACCUGCCAGACGGAAGAAUCAGCCAUUUCGAGCUGUGCGCUCUCUUGUAUUUGUAACAUUAAGGGAACUAUCGCUAUCAAUCUGGCUGGGUGCGGCUGAGAAACGACAACACGACAGGUUUAUAUGGAUAUUUGUAGCUACGAUCUUCAUCUUUUUUAAGCUCCAGAAAUUUCACAACUCUACAAUCAGUAUGGGCAUCGCGAAUUUGAUGUUGCUUGUCUUAUUAUUCGUGAACGGUGUGUUUGGUGUUGAGACAGAUCCAGUGGAGAUACGUGAAUUGAUGGAAGGAGAUUCUGUCGUUCUAGACACCAAGUGUAUUACCAAACUACAGAAAGAUGAUGAGAUAGUGUGGACGUUUGGAUCUAAUGUCAUAGCUACAAUCAAGGCCAAUAAUCCCUUAUUAUAUGACACUGAUGAUGCAAGAUUCAAAGACAAACUACAAAUAAACGAUCAAACUGGGGACCUCACCAUCAGAAACACCAGAACCACACACUCUGGGUUUUAUGAAGUGAAAAUCACCAAUAUCACUCACACAACAUACAGGAGAUUUAGUGUUACUGUCCUUGAUGCGAUUCCUACAAAAGUUUCAGUAACGACGGGAGAGUCUGCCAUUUUACAGCAUAAUAUUGCUGAUAUACACAUUUAUGAUGUGAUAGAGUGGAAGUUCGAAGACGGAGAGACUCCCAUAGCUCAAAUCAACAAACAAAACAGUAAAAACCCCUCAUAUAAUGAAACUGAUGAGAGAUUCAGAGACAGACUGCAGCUGGAUCAGACCGGAUCUCUGACCAUCAAAAACACCAGAACCACAGACUCUGGACUUUAUAAGCUACAGGUGCAAGGUACAAACAUACCGACCAAACACAGGAAGUUUCGUGUUACGGUCGAUGAAUCUGGGUUGUCCACAGGCAUUAUAGUGCUGAUAUGCGUGUGUGUUAUUGCACUGAUCUUGGUGGUGGUUGGGAUUUGCUGUCGGAAACGAAGUCGACAAGGCCAGUAUUAACUUUGCAUGCAUGGCCAGUA